CAAGCGUGUCGAAUAUACCAGAGUCGCACCUACUUUGCAAAAUGUCGGGUCGAGAAAUCUAUUUGAAAUUUAUUGUGUUUGUCAUUUUAAUUAUUAUCGGUAUUUGUCGCACUGAAGAAGAAGUUCAUGUACUGGCAAGAAAAAUAUUGAAAUCUUCAGAUUUGUUUGACCAAAAUAUUAUGAAAGAUCACUAUCCUAUAGCUUGGACAGAAGUAAAUACCAAAGCUAUUAUAGACAAUGAUCGUCUUUUUAAGAAAUACAAAGAGUGUCUGACUACUGAGCAUCCAAUCAGUUGCCCGCGAAUGGUUAUGGAAUUUAAAAAGUUGAUACCAGAGAUGAUUGAUACUCUAUGCGCUAAGUGUUUACCUAUACAUAUCGAAAAGUUCAAGGAAGCAGUCACAUAUAUUUGCCACCAUCGCAGAGCUGACUAUGAUCAAGUACGACGAGAAAAAGAUCCAGACGGUGCCAUACAAGAGAAGUUUGAAGAAAAAUUUGGCAAAGUGGAUUGCUAGAAAGUUGUGGAAUUAUAAAUUAUACCGAGAUUAAUUCAUGAUAUCUAUAUUAUUGUUUUACACAAAUACGUAUACGCAUUUAAUAAAAUGUAUGAUAUAUGUCAUUCAUGUAUCUAUUAUGAAAAAAUUUCGUGAUUAUUUGACAAACAUAAUUGAUUAACAACAUCAUAUUCUUCAAAAUAGAUAUAAAAUGUUAAAAAAAAUAAAUUUUUCAGUUUCUACAACAAGCGCUAUC